AUGAGGCAGAUCUAUUUUAAAUUCCUUCACGGGUUCUUUCUCUUAUGCAUGAGCUUGAGCACCUUUGGAGAUGAAUCUGAUCACCUGGCUCUGCUAGACUUGAAGAAAAGAAUAACUGAAGAUCCUCUGCAUAUCAUGAGCACAUGGAAUAGUUCCAUCAAUUUCUGCAGCUGGGUUGGCGUUACAUGCAACCAUUCCAACAAAAGAGUCGUGACUUUGAACCUGGAAGCUCAAAAGUUGGCAGGCUCCCUACCACCUUCUAUAGGAAAUCUUACUCAUCUCACUGGAAUUAACUUGAUAGAUAACAACUUUCAUUGUGAUUUAAAGCCAAACAAUGUUCUUCUUGAUGAAGAUAUGGUAGCCCAUAUGUUGGUGACUUUGGUCUAG